CAGGGGCUGUGAUAACGGCUUUCUAUAUUCUAUUCCUAUUCGUUUUUCAACCCGACUUUAGGGUUCAUCAGUUCUCUCGAAUCCCUACCCCCCUUGUGGACAUUCAUUCGCCAUGACGAAGAUGAGAAAACUCAAUCGUCCGACGGGCCACCGGAUUUCCAUGCUCAGAACGAUGGUUUCGCAGUUGGUGAGACACGAGAGGAUUGAAACUACCGUUGCCAAGGCUAAAGAAAUCCGCCGGCUUGCUGAUAACAUGGUACAGCUUGGGAAAGAGGGUACUCUUAGUGCUGCAAGGCGUGCUGGUGGAUUUGUACGAGGAGAUGAUGUCCUUCAUAAGCUAUUUACAGAACUUGCUUACCGAUAUAAAGAUAGGGCAGGUGGAUACACAAGACUACUUCGAACUCGAAUACGGGUUGGUGAUGCAGCACCUAUGGCUUACAUUGAGUUUAUAGACAGAGAAAAUGAGCUGAGACAAUCAAAACCACCGACUCCACAACCACCACAGAGAGUACCUUUGGAUCCCUGGACAAAAUCCCAGCUUAGCAGGCAAUUUGCACCACCCAAGGAGGAUAAACAUUCUGAAUCUGAUGCUUGAAAUAUAUUCAUGAAGCAGUGAUUCGAUGAUUUUGUUCUCAUUUUUGGAUUAGCAUAAAAUUUUCUAUCUCCUCAAGGUAUGAAGCUUUAGAAGUGUGAAGUAGAAUGGCAGUAAAUUGGCAAAAACAAUGGCAGUUGCUACUAUUAGUUUCCUGUUUUUGAAGAUGAUGAGGUUUAAGCUUGGGUUCUUUCAAGUUAAACUAAGCAGCAUUAAAUAAAAUAUUACCGAAAGAGUAUUGGUUUUUUGA